GAUCGCCAACGGAGGAGGAGGGGCGGUGCCAUAGGAUGUGACGUCAUAGCCGCACAGAGCCUCCUGCCUGAUCCAGUAAACGCCGAUCGUCUGGGUGAAAUCAUCCUCAAAGCGUCGCUAUGGCUGCCGAUGGAUCCACGCGCGCCUCGUAAAAAAAAAAAAAACAUCAAAACCAUGGAUCUGACUUUUGUUUUAUCGGCCGUAAUCUUUACGCUGCUCGCUCUGGUGGUCGCGACGUCGCUGCUAAACAGAUCCUCCCGGUCGUCGUCGUCGCCUUCGGCCGGGAGUUAUACCCCGGCGGGACCCAGUGCGGACGCCGACACUGGAGGCGAGUCGGCGGUCAUGCAGAACGGCCACAUGCCGGACAUCAAGCAGGGGAAGGAGGCGAGGGACGACUGGUGCGAGUUGAGCGGCAGCUCCCACGACCACUGGGAUGUGGUCAAAUCUGUGCUAUCAGACGAGGUGCAACCGCAUCACACCAACGAGGAGCCGGAGUCCGCGACGGUUGCGGCAUCUCCGGCCGAGCGCUCCUCCUCCUCGUCGGCGUCCAGCCUGUCCGUGCCGCGGCUCGACUCGAGGCACACAAGCUUUGACUCGUCGUCUGAGGCGUCGUCGGGGCGCGGCCGGCGCUCCUUCAUCGGGCUCUCUGAUGAGGAGCUCCUAAAGUGUGCUUUCUCUUACCCCCAGACCGACGGAGAAGCAGAGAGCCCGGAGAUCAAUGACAAAUCGGAGCUAAAGUACGUCCCCGGAAAGUCGCGCUCCCACCACAUGGAGAUGAUGAUGUCCAAAGAGGAGCUUGAGGAGGAGCAGAGGGUGCAGCGGGAGCAGCUGGCCGCCAUCUUCCAGCUGCUUAAGGACAACACGGAGACGUUCGGCGACGUCUCCGAGGGCGACAUGGAGGAGCAGCUGCGUCUCUACUCGAUCUGAGAGAGACAACGACGACGUCACAUGCGUUGCCUUACCUCGCCCACCGAACUCACCAGCACAAUUGUGUGACAGUAUUCCAUCAGCCGCUAUUUAGUGGUCCAUUUGUGUUGUUUUGGCUGUUGUCCCCCGGCCGGACUAACGCAGCAUAGCCACCAAGUGAGCAACUCCCAUUAUAAAUGUUCCCCCCCCCCAUCCCGCCCUUCAAGCAUUUCGCUGUUGCGUAAUAAAUCCAAACUAAACACG